AUGGGCAUCGUGGAGGGCAAGCGGAACGAGCUACGACAGCUGGAGGAGAAGUUGGAGAACCUCCAGCGACGGUUCUCCCUCGCCUGCCGUGAGAAGGAGAAGCUGGAGAACGAGCAGAAGCUGUGGCCUGGGGGCGAGCGUUCCCGGUGGGAGGGCGCGGCCGAAACUGCAGGAGCCGAACUAUUGCGCCUCCCCGGAGACACCUUGCUGGCCGCCGCGUCACUCGCCUACCUGCCGCCGCACCAGCCGGAGAUCAGGGAGCGCGUGCUGGCCGAAUGGAGCCAGGCCGUGUUGGAGGCGGAGCUCGAGGUGACCACGCCCUUCAGCCUGGUGGACAUCCUGACCCCGCCCCUGCACGUGAGGGCGUGGGGGCUCGAGGGACUGCCCACCGACGCCUUCUCGCUCCAGAACGCCACGGCUAUCAAGCACACAGUCAAAUGGCCGUACCUGGUGGACCCGGACGAGCAAGGGACGCGCUGGCUGCAGCUCCACGAGGCCGCCAACGAGCUGGUGGUCCUUCGCGAGCAGGACUUCAACGCCCCGGCUUCUCGACCUGGAGGAGGAGCUGUGGCCCAGAUAACGCUGCUGGAGGACGCCCUCGCCCGCUGUAUCCCCAAAGGGCGUCCGGUUCUCCUGAUGGACUUGGCGGGGGAUCCGCCGUCGCAGCUGGCUGACCUCGUCGCCCGCAACACGAGGGAGGAAGGCGGCGUGCGAGUGGUCACCAUCGGCUCCCUGACGCUGCAGUACCACCCCGGCUUCCGGCUGUACCUCGCCAGCCGCCACGCCCGCCCCAGCCUGUCCCUCGAGACGGCCGCGUCGCUCACCGUCGUCAACUUCACCGUCACCGUCCAGGGCCUGCACGACAACCUGCGGCAGAUCCUCGUCAGGAAGGAGAGACCUGAGCUGGAGGACGAGCGCCAGAAGCUGGUGCUGACGACCUCCUCCCACCAGCGCGCCCUCCAGGACACGGAGGAGCGCAUCCUUCACACCCUGUCCUCCGCGCAGGGCAACAUCCUGGAGUCCGAGGAGGCCAUCAACAUCCUGCAGGAAACGAAGCAAAUGUCGGACGAGAUCAAGCGCAAGCAGGAGCAGUGCGUGGAGACGGAGGCGGCGCUGCUGGAGUGUUGCAAGCAGUACGAGUCCGUGUCACGACCCGCCGCGUCCCUCUACAUCACCCUCGCCAGCCUCGCCUCCGUGUCGCCCAUGUACCAGUUCUCGCUGCGCUGGUACGUCGACCUCUACGUCGCCGUCAUCGACACCACCGGCAAGAGUUCCGUGCUGGAGCGCCGUCUGAGCCUCCUGCAGGAAGCCCUGGUGAGCCGCGUCCACUCCGCCGUCGUGAAAGGCCUCGCCGCGCCCCAUCGCCUGCCCUUCACCUUCCUCAUCGCCCUCCACGCCCUCAGAGUCUCGGGGGCGGUGAGUCCGAGCGUGGAGUCCGCCCUCUACCGCCUGGCGAGUCUGAGUCCGGCCGGUUGCGCUCCCCCCCCGGACUGGCUGGCCCCUCCUCUCGCCCCCGCCUGGCCCGCCCUCCUGCACCUCUCGACGCUGCCGGAGUUUGAAGGUUUGUCUGAGAGUCUGGAGAAAGACGCCGUCGGUUGGGUUAGCCUCACGAGCAGCGCCCUGCCGGAGAAGUCCUCUCUGCCCCGCCCCUGGCACCGUCUGCAGCCCGUCCUGUGGCUCCUGCUGGUGGCCGCCCUUCGUCUGGACAAGGUGCGUGUAGGGAGAGUAGAUUUGGCUUACGUGGGCGGUCAGGGCCAUCGUGGGCGAGAUCCUGGGCGCCCACUUCUCCUCGCCUCCGCCCGUGGACGUGGGCGUGUUCCUGGAGGCGCCCGUGCAGCCCAAGUCCUCCUCGCGCGCCCCGGCCCCCGCGCGCCCCCCGCCCCCCUCCUGUUGGUCACCUCGCCCGGGGUCGACGCCCUGGAGGAGGUCUUGCUCCUGGCGGCUCAGGGGCCGGAGGGCGCGCUCGCGAACGUGUCGCUGGGACAAGGACAGUCUUCCGUGGCGGAGGGCGCCGUGCUGAGCGGGGCGAGCGAGGGCGGCUGGGUGCUGCUGCAGAACCUCCACCACGCCCUGGACUGGCUGCCGACGCUGGCGAACAUCAUCACCCGCCUGUACACGGAGGGCGUCCCCAACGGCGGCGGCGGUGGUCGCAAAGGCAACGGCAACGGCGGUCUCCAUCCCAACUUCCGGCUGAUUCUCACCACGGAGCCCUCGGACGAGUUCCCCGUGUCACUGCUGAGGAGUGUAGAGAAAGUAUACGUGGACGCCCCCGGAGACGCUCGCCACGCCCUCCUGGAAGCCAACCUCACCCUCACUCGACUCACGCUCCACCUCACCUUCUCUGAGGAGGUAAGGAGCUUGGGCCGCCCUGGGGUCUCGAAGGCUUAUAGAUUUCGGACGAAGAGGAGGAAGGAAGCGCGACGCCGCCUGUUACACGGCCUCAGCGUCUUCCACACCGUCGUGAGCGAGCGAGGGCGCCACGGCCACCUCGCCUGGGCCGACCCCCCCGCCUUCACGGCCACGGAUCUCACGCUCGCCAUCAGCGCUGUCACGAGCAGCGUGGAGGAAGGCCGCGACGUCGACCCGGAGAUGCUGGAGUACCUGGUGGGUCGGGUCUUCUACGGCGGGCGCGUCCAUCGGGCGGAGGACCAGCAGGUGAUCCUCAGCAUCCUGAAGGAAGUCCUCGCCAUCUCCUUGAAGCUGCCGGAGGAGGAGAUCACCCCUCGCUCUGCAGAAGGAGCCGGGGAAGAAGAGGAAGAGGAGGACGAGGAGGAAGAGGAGCUGGAGCCUCCGGGGGGAGGGGCGGACGACGCCGAGGACGUCGGCCUGAUGCGUCUCUUCCCCGAUUUCGUCGGGAGGCUCGACGACCUGGCGGAGUUCGUGGCGGGAAUCACAGGCUUAGACAGACGGAGAUCUUCGGUCUGCCGCCGGGGUCCAGCAGCUGCCAAGCGAGAUCAGCCGGCAGCGCUUCCCUCACCGGUCCUGGCCACCGGUCGGAGGCGCAGACACCGCCCAUCCAAGGCGCGCAGGGUCCCCAAAGGACCUCACUUCCGAGAGACGAAACGUACAAAAGCAAUGGAAAGUUUAGAAAAUUUGAGCACACCAGCUUCCGGUAUAGCGACUCGAACUUGUGUUGUGAGGAUUUCAGAAAACGGCUCUUCCCUAAAAUUCGACACAAGGGCUUUUGAACUAGACGACUUCAUACUUUACUCACAACCAGGUUCUAGUAUUUAA